AGCGCCAUGUGGUGGUUCACGCAAGGUUUCUGCUUCUUGCCCGUCUUUUUGGUGGUGUGGUCCUCGUGCACGUUCAUCGUGUCCUACGUGAUCGCGUUGUUUCGACGCGACGUGGACGUGCUGUUCCCCUACAUCAGUGACACGGCAGCAAACCCCCCGGAGAGCUGCAUCUUCGGUUUGAUGACCUUUGUUUCAGCAUGUGCAGGCAUGGCCACCGUCUACACCAGGUUCAAGUUUGUGGAGAAGAUGAGCCAGGGCAUGAUUGGGGGGAGUCCACGACUGAACAAGACGGCGCUGGUGCUGGGACUGCUGGCCUGCUUGGGGAUGUGCGUGGUGGCCACGUUCCAGGAGACGGCGGUGAUGGUGGUUCACGACAUGGGCGCCUUGCUCUUCUUCGUCACGGGCGUCCUCUACAUCCUCCUGCAGUCCGUCAUUUCCUACCGCUCCUUCCCGUACUGCACGUCGGCGGCGGUGUGCCGGGCCCGGCUGCUUGUGGCCGUCAUCGCCUCGCUGGCCUUCUUCCCGACCGUCGUUUGUGCCUUUUUCGUGAAACAAAACGACCUCCACAGAGACACGAAGAGCAAGGACUAUCCCUUCCACGUGGCCAGCGCCGUGUGCGAGUGGAUGGUGGCCUUCAGCUUCGUCUGCUUCUUCCUCACCUACAUCGACGACUUUAAACGGUUUACCUUGCAGGUGAAGACCGAGAUGCGCUAGGGGUGAGCAGAACCGGAGGAUCUCACAAGAUCCAGCAAGAAGAUGCCGCUCGGCCGACGUCAGCGGACAAGCCUUUGCACUUUGGUCCACUUUUUCAACAUGGCGAUGGAUACCCGAGCCAAUUUUGCUGAAGCUGUAUCUAACCGAAAGCACUCUUAACAUUUCCCGUGUUUCUUUUGUACUGUUCCCAAAAAGUUCUGAAAUGAUAUUUCAACUCCAGUACUUUUACAGGUACUCCUCAUUUGAUCACUUUUUGAGUUUUGUAUGACUCUAAUUUCACAAGGAAUUCAUGGAGCAAAAAGGGACGGAUGAAAAGUAUUCAUUGGAUCGAUAAUCCGACACCCCUGAGCAACAAUAAAGACAUUUUUUACAUUUUAAAAAAUAUCCAACACCGCUGAGCAACAAUAAAAACACUUUUUAUAUUUUAAAAAAUAUCCAACACCGCUGAGCAACAAUAAAAACACUUUUUAUAUUUUUAAAACA